GCGAGGAUGGCGGCGGAGAAUCACUGCGAGUUCCCGGUUCCCUCCGUGGGCGGCCUUGGCCUAGUGGGGACAGGCGGGCCCUGCCGCCGCUGUAGCUCUGGGCCCUCCCCGGGAGGGGUCCCAGGUAAAUGGGUCCGGCUGAACGUGGGGGGCACCUGCUUCCUCACCACCCGGCAGACGCUCUGCAGGGACCCCAAGUCCUUCCUCUUCCGCCUCUGCCAAGCCGACCCCGACCUGGACUCGGACAAGGAUGAAACAGGUGCCUAUUUAAUAGACAGAGACCCGACCUACUUUGGGCCAGUACUGAACUAUCUCCGACAUGGAAAACUCGUUAUUAACAAGGACCUAGCUGAGGAAGGUGUACUGGAAGAAGCUGAAUUCUACAACAUCACAUCACUAAUAAAAUUGGUAAAGGACAAAAUAAGAGAGAGAGACAGCAAAAUCUCACAGGUGCCAGUCAAACACGUGUACAGGGUGCUGCAGUGUCAGGAGGAGGAGCUCACCCAAAUGGUCUCCACCAUGUCAGAUGGCUGGAAAUUUGAACAGUUGGUCAGUAUUGGUUCUUCCUAUAACUAUGGAAAUGAAGAUCAGGCUGAAUUUCUGUGUGUUGUCUCGAAGGAGCUGCAUAAUACCCCCUACGGCACAACCAGCGAGCCCAGUGAAAAAGCAAAGAUUUUGCAAGAGCGAGGUUCCAGGAUGUGAAGACCAUAUUGAACACUGAAGAAUAUUUCUUUUAUUCCAAGAUGCAGUGAAUUAUCACAUUGAAGAGGCUUGGCUGUGAGAGGAAGAAAUCUGCUUUAGAUAAUUUUCUAUUGAUCUGGAUUGAACCAUUUUUGCCUAUAAGCUGGUAUAGACUGAAUUUGCUGGCUGAAAACAUCGCAAGAUUAUUGAAUGGGAAUAGAUGAUGUGAGAGAUGUGUUAAUCUUGGUUCUAGUGCAUGGUUGUACUCUCUCAUGGGCUGAAUUAUAUUGGUCACAUAGAAAGAAACAAUCAUGCACUCAUAUUUUCCUCUGAGACAUGUAGCACUUACAUCUGGUGCUGGAUGAUCCAAUGUUGAUCAGUUUGAAAUUAUUUUGGUAUUAAUAAUUGCAAACAGUUAAAGGACACUGUAUUUGGUGCUACAUAUAUAUUAUAGCCCAUAAAUGCAAAUAUUUGGGCCUACAUAGUUGGUUUUGGAAUCAAUGACAGCCCCGGUUUACUAUCUUAUACUGCACAUUCCUUAUGGCUCAGUGACACAUUUUCUAUUAGGUAAGAAUGGUGUAGGAGAUCAAGUGAAACUACCUUGUAAAAAGUUACACCCCAGACAAAAGAUUCCCAUAAAGAAUAGGUGUAAAAUACUGACUGGGUUGAUGGCUUAUUUUAAUAGUCAAAGGGAAUACUAAACUUGGAGAAAAUGUCUUUUGUCUGAAUCAUCUCUGAUGUUUCUGCUGUCAAAAUAACUUCCUCCUGCAAAAGUUAAGCUCCAGUCUUAGCCAAAUGUUUGAAAGGAAAAUCAAAAUUUCUUAAAUUAUUGUCACAACUGAAUAUCUUGUCUCUUUUGAAAUGUUUGUUGCUAACCAAAUGUUGUACAUUUUAGAAAUGCCUACAAGUGUCAAGCUCCUCUUGGAUUUUGUUGGGUAUUUUUAAGAGCUGGAGUUUGUGUAGUUAUAUGGCUGGAUAGUGUUAGAUUCUAAUCUCGGUGAAUGGGUUUAAAGUUACCCUAAGAGCAAACACAAGCUCACCCAAUUAAAAAUCUGAAUUAAUUGCUUUGAAUUUUCAGAAUGUUUACAGUCCAUCUCUCUACAUUGUUUCAACUAUGCAGUUCUUUAUGAUGUUUCUAAGAAUGCUGCCUGAAAACAUUUUCACACAGCUGCGUUAGGACAGGCCUGUGGUAAAUGUUAACACACAAGACUGGAGCUUUUUAGUGCAUUGUGUUUUAAACAAAACCAGUAGCAUGACUUUUUGAAACAAAUUCAACUAAAUUGAUUGUGUAAAACUCUCGAUUCUUGCAGCUUCAUUGGCUUGCGUAGCUCUAGGUGGAGCAGUGGAUGGGAGUUUAAACCGGAUUGUCCAAGAUGGUCUUGAAUUCUAAAAGCAUUUUAAACUGUUUCAUUAAAUAACUUCAGAAUUUUUACAUAUACCAUAUCCUCUACGAGUAAAAUGUGUAAUCCUCCACGUGAAAACCAGUUUCUCAAGCAUCUUGGGUCUACUAUAUUUUUUAAGACUUAUUGUACUUUGAUAAGUUUGGCGUAAACAAUUUGUAAAAUCAUUUCUACAAAGCAGGUUAUGCAGUGGGCUAAAUGUUUUGUUGUGCAUCUAAUGCUUGAAAGAGUUUGUAAAGCAUUUUGCCACUUGGAUGCGGUCUGCACAGGAAGCUGCUGACCCCUCCACAAUACCACAUUAAUAUGUUUGUCUUUUUUUAAGAUGUUAAGACCUAACUGAAUUUACUAAAAUGUAAUUAUUCUGUAGGGGGAAAUGUUUAUACUUUUAUACUUUUUUUUUUUUGUAGGCAUCCAUAUUUUAUCAGCCUGAAGUUAAUGCCUAAAUUUCCCCUAAAUAGUAACAGAUAAUCUUGUGUAUCUAAAGAUAAGCCUGGCAGUUAUUUGUCUUCAAAGGUAUUUCCUCUGCUGGAAAGUCACUGGGUUUAAGCACUUUGACACAACCCAUGUUCUUCAGGUUCCAUGGCUCAUGGAAUUGUGGCCUUUAAAGCUUCCUAUUUUCCUGCUGUGCUCUACAGAGUAAAUUCAGCAUUGGAUUAAAUGGCUUUUAAUGCCUUUUAAUAAUUAAAAAUGUAUAUUGAUAUCA